UCCAUCUUAUCUUUACUUGGCUUGUGCAUCGUUACCGGUCUUCUCCGCUGCUAUAAAACCCAAGCAAAAUUAGACUAAAAACCUUCACCAAAAAAAACAACAAACCAACAUUAAAAAUUUCUUACGCAUGACAAACUCUAAACUUAUGUCUAAGAAAAACAAGAUGAUCAUACUAAAAUUAGCCAUAGAGAAGGUUCAAAGAACACUCUCAUUAUUAGGCAAGAAACUAACAAUAUCCGACAUCGAAGAAUUAGAGCAGCAAGAAAAUGAUUUCUAUGGGAAAGUUUUACCUAAGGAUGUAAAGGUAGGACAUUUUGCCGUGGUGGCUAAAGACGGAGUAUCAACAAAACGGUUUCUGGUACCUUUAAGGUACUUAACACAUCCAAUGUUUCUUACAUUAUUGGAGAAAGCUGCUGAAGAGUAUGGGUUUGAUCAUGGGCGUGCACUUACUAUACCUUGUAACCCUAGUGAGAUUGAGAGGAUUUUAGGUGAAAGAUGGGAUGGGAAUACAAUAUUAAAUCACUCUUAAGAGGGUUAUUAGUGGUAAUUAUAGGAGGAUUUCUAAUUUCAUGCUCCAAAGCUAUUGAGAAUUUGAGUAUAUAUUGAGUAGAUUAAUUAAUUGUGUUAAUUAAGUGCAUAUUAUUGUAUGUAAUGUGAGUUUAUCCUUUUGUUCUUCUUUGGGGUAUAUAUGUAUACACU